AAAACCAUUGCAUUGCGGGGGGAGAGAGAGAUGGCGCUGAAGGUAUACGGUCCUCCCUUUUCCACGUGCGCGGCACGUGUGCUCUUCUCCCUGCAUGAGAUGGGCGUUGAUUACGAGCUCGUUCCCGUAAACUUCUCAGCAGGCGAGCACAAGCAGCCUUCCUACCUCGCCACCAAAAACCCGUUUGGUCAGGUCCCGGCUUUGGAGGAUGGCGAUCUCACGCUCUUUGAAUCUCGUGCGAUCACCCGUUACAUAGUGACCAAGCAUAAGGGCAUGGGCGCUGAUCUUUUGAGGCUUGACAACCCCAAUAAGUCUGCAUUGGUUGGAGUCUGGAUGGAAGUGGAAGCCCGUAAUUUCAAUGAGCCAAUCUCAGCCAUCGUCCAUCAGAUCCUUGUCAGUCCCUUACUCGGUGUGACCACCGAUGAUCAAGUGGUCGAGACGAAUGCCGAGAAACUAAGCAAGGUUCUCGAUGUCUAUGAAGAGAGGCUGUCCAAGAGCAAGUACUUAGCUGGGAAUUUCUACAGCUUAGCUGAUCUGCAUCACAUCCCAUACAUUCACUACUUCAUGAAGACUCCCAAAGCUUCACUGAUUAGCUCACGCCCGCACGUGAAGGCAUGGUGGGAUGACAUCUCGUCGCGGCCUGCUUCCAAGAAAGUCAUUGAGGGGAUGACCUUUGGAGAAAAAGCAUGAGAUCUGAGGAGGUUUUGCUAAAGAAAUAAUGCACGGGUGGUGUGAUUGUCAUUAUCGUAAUAACAAUCUCUCUUUGAUAUGUAGUCUUUGUUUUGUUU